ACCUGACUCUUGUCUUUUGCCGACUUUCCCACUUGUUCUUUACACAGGUCUUUUGAUAUUUUUUAAAAACAUUUUGGAGAAAAGGACAAGCAUCCAUCAUGCAGUCCUGUGCCAGAUGUGGGUUUGUGGUCUACCCCGCUGAGAAGAUCAACUGCAUUGACCAGAACUGGCAUAAAGCAUGUUUUCACUGUGAUGUCUGUAAGAUGGUCCUCACUGCCAAUAACUUUGUGAGCCACAAGAAGAGGCCAUACUGCUCUGUGCACAAUCCGAGGAACAACACAUUCACAAGUGUCUAUGAGACCCCCGUCAACAUCAAUGCAAAGAAGCAAAGCAAGGCCAGCAGUGAGCUGAAGUAUCGCGAAGAUGGCGAACGCUUUAUGUCCACCUUCCACCAAGACAUGAGGUCCAUGGAGCUGGAGAGGGCUCGCUUAGCCAAUCAGACGUCUAGCCAGGCCUUUAAGUCGCAGUCUGAGUUCUCACAGCAGCAGACCUGGUACUCUGGCACUGUGACCAACCAGGAGGUAGUUACCAUGUCUCAGGCCCAGAAGACCAUCAGUGAUGUGAAUUUCUCAGAGGAGUUUGAGUCAAAAGGAAAAGGCAGCUUCCCUGCUAUGAUCACCCCAGGGUACCAGUCUGCUAAAAAUGCCAAUACUCUGGCAAGUAGCCUGGAGUACAAAAAAGGACAUGAGGAGAGAGUUUCAAAGUACACCACCUUUGUUGACCCACCAGAGGUGCUUCUGGCCAAGAAACAAGGUCAAAUUGUUAGCGAUUAUGCUUAUACAGAAGCGUACGAGCAGCAGAGAGGUAAAGGGAGUUUUCCUGCUCAUCUGACACCUGGAUACAAGAUGUCAAAGAAGGCCAGUGAGCAGGCUAGUGAUAUAAAGUAUCGUCAGAUGUACGAACAGGAGAUAAAGGGUAAGGCCAGCACAGAGGCAGCUGUGGCUGAAGCCGUUCACGCCAGAGAAAAUGCAGAGAACUUGAGCCAGAUUGCCUAUACUGAGGAGUACGAGCAGCAACGGGGCAAAGGAAGUUUCCCGGCCAUGAUCACCCCUGGUUAUUCUCUUGCAAAGAAAGCUCAGGAGAACGCGAGUGAUCUGAAAUACAGGAAGGACUUAAAGAAGAUGAAGGGCACCUCACACUUCCAUAGUCUGACAUCUGAGGACAAUCUUUCUUUGAUGAACGCCCGCAAGAUUAACAAGCUUGUUAGUGAGGUCGAGUACAAGAAGGACCUUGAGAACACCAAAGGUCACAGCAUCAAUUUCUGUGAGACACCACAGUUUCAAAAUGCUGCUAAAGUUGCCCAGUUCACAAGUGAUAACAAGUAUAAAGAGAAAUACACCAGCAGUAUGAAGGGCCACUAUGAAGACUCUGGAAUUGAUAAGAGGACCAUGCACGCCAUGAAAGCCAGGAAGCUUGCCAGUGAUAUUUCUUAUAAACAAGGCGUUGAACAGGAGCAGGGUGAAUACAACUACCCAGCUACCCAAACACCAGGCUACCAGAGCCAGAGGAAACUGGACCCACUGAAAGACAAGAACUACAGGCAACACAUUGACCAGGUCAAAUACAGUCCAGUGACGGACACACCUGAGAUUAUUUUAGCCAGGAAAAAUGCUAAGCUCAACAGCAAACUUAAUUACAAAGCAGACUAUGAGAAAACCAAACAUCAGUACACACUGUCUCAGGACCUGCCCCAGAUCAAAACAGCCAAAGCUAAUGCUGCUUUGUGCAGUGAUAUUAAAUACAAGGAGGAGUGGGAGAAGACCAAGUCCAAAGCCUGCGACAUCGGUGUGGACAACCUGAGUGUCAGAGCAGCGAAGGCUUCUCGUGAUCUUGCCAGUGAUAUUAAAUACAAAGAAACGUACAUGAAGGACAAGGAAAAGGCAGUUGGGGUCAACUUCAGUGACUCCAAGACUCUUCACUCUCUUCAAGCAGCCAAGCUGAGCAGCGAUAUUGCAUACAAGAAGAGCUCCAAGGAGAGCCAGAGCCAGUUCAGUCUGCCUCACGACAUGAUGAACCUGAGCCACGCCAAAAAGGCUCAGGCCCUCGCCAGUGACCUGGAGUACCGCACAAAGCUGCACGACUACACCGUCAUGCCUGAUGACAUCAAGGUCCUGCAGGCCAAAAAGGCUUACGCACUGCAAAGCGAGAACCAGUAUCGCUCAGACUUGAACUGGAUGAAAGGAGUGGGCUGGGAGACUGAAGGCUGUAUGAAUAUCACCCAAGCCAAGAAAGCUGGAGAGAUGCUUAGUGAUACUAAAUACCGUCAGAAGGCUGACAGCAUCAAGUUCACCCAUGUAGCCGACGAUCUGUCCAUCAAACAUGCCAAGAAGAGCCAAGAACUGCAGAGCGAUCUGGCAUACAAAGCCGACACAGAGCAGAUGAUACACCAGUACACCAUGACAAAAGAUGAGCCUCUGUUCAGACAAGCAAAAGCUAAUGCUGACCUUCUCAGUGGGAAAGUGUACAAGAGCAACUGGGAGAAGCAGAGGGAGAAGGGCUUCGAGCUGCAUUUGGACUCUCUUUCUAUUCUCACAGCUAAAGCCAAAAGAGACCUGGCCAGUGAUGUCAAAUACAAGGAGAGUUAUGAGAAAAACAAAGGAAAGGUGAUUGGCAUUAAGUCGGUCAGUGAUGACUCUCAGAUGGCUCACUCUGCUCUGGCCACCAAAUUACAGAGUGGCCUCAACUACAAGAAGGACUACGAGGACACUAAGACCAAAUACAGUCUUCACCUGGACAUGCUUAACAUCAGCCAUGCCAAGAAGGCCCAAGACCUGGCAACUGACACCAACUACAAGACUGUCCUCCAUGACUACACAACUCUGCCAAAUGACAUGAAGGUGGCCUGGGCUAAGAAGGCCUAUGGACUGCAGAGCGAUAAACAGUACAGGUCAGAUCUGAACUGGAUGAAGGGCGUCGGCUGGGAGGCCUCAAAAUCUUUGGAUGUCCAGCAGGCGAAGAAAGCUGGGGAGGUCCUAAGCGAGAAAAAGUACCGUCAGGAUGUGAGCGCUCUGAAGUUUACCAGCGUUGAAAACACACCAGAGAUGGUUCAGGCCAAACUUAGCAACAAGCUGGCCAUUGAUAGGUUGUACAAGGAGAAAGGUGAAAACAUGAAGCACAACUACACACUUAGUGGAGAGCUGCCUGAGCUUGUUCAGGCCAAAAUCAAUGCUAUGAACAUCAGUGAGAGCUGUUACAAGGAAUCCUGGACUAAGGUUCGAGACGGGGGAUACAAGCUGAGUCUGGACGCCAUUCCUUUCCAGUCUGCCAAAGCAUCAGCAGAGAUCCUCAGUGAUCAAAAGUACAAAGGAGAAUUUGAGAAGAGCAAAGGGAAGAUGAUCGGUCUGAAAGGACUGGAGGGUGACAUCAACAUCGCUCACUCUGUCCAUGCCAGCCAGCUACAAAGUGAUAUCAAAUACAAGAAGGACUCAGCAAAGGAGCUCUCCAAGUUCCACCUGUCCAUGGACAUGCUGGGGGUGUCUCAUGCUAAAAAGGCUCAGUCUCUGGUCAGCGAUCAGGACUACAGGCUCACCCUGCAUCAGUACACCUCGCUACCUGAUGACAUGAAGGUGCAGGCUGCAAAGAGAGCAUACGCCCUGCAGAGUGAGAAAGUGUAUCGUUCUGACCUGAACUACCUGCGAGGUGCAGCCUGGAUCGGCACAGGGGCUCUGCAGAUAGAAGGCUCCAAGAGGGCCUCAGACCUCAUCAGUGAUAAAAAGUACCGCCAGCAGCCGUACAACUUCAAGCACACCUCUAUCGCUGACUCUCCAGAUAUUGUCCACGCAAAACUCAGCGGACAGAUCACAAAUGAACGCUUGUACAAAGAGAAAGGGGUGAGCGACCAGCAUAACUACACAAUAACAUCUGAGAGACCAGAGAUUACACAAGCAAAGAUAAAUGCAGCCAACUUUAGUGAGAGCAAGUACAGAGAGUCCUGGCACACUCUGCGGGCUCAGGGCUACAAGCUCACCAUGCAGGACAUCCCCUUCCAGGCUGCCAAGAGCUCCACAGGCAUCGCCAGUGAUUACAACUACAAACACAGUCACGUGCUGGAAAAAGGGAAGCACAUCGGUGUCAAAAGCGUCCUGGACGACCCGCUUCUCCUGCACUGCCUGCAGGCCGGCCGGCUCGCCAGCGACCAGGAGUACCGCAAGGACGCGCUGACGACCAGCGGGCAGUACCACCUCAACCAUGACAUGAUCCACCUGGUGACAGCUAAGAACGCUCAGGCCCUCGCCAGCGAACAGGACUACAGGAAGAGGCUGCACGAGUACACAGUGCUGCCUGAUGACAUGAAGGUCAAGUGGGCCAAAACGGCGUACAACCUGCAGAGUGAGAAACUGUACAAGUCCGACCUUAAUUACAUGAAGGGUGUGGCCUGGGACGGCGUGGGUGCUCCUCAGCUGGAGUCUGCUAAGAAGGCUGGAGAACUUAUAAGUGAUAAGAAGUAUCGUCAGCUGCCAGACAGCCUGAGGUUCACCUCAGUGGCUGAUUCUCCGGACAUCGUCCACGCUAAGACGAGCUACCAGCAGUGCAGCGAGAGGCUGUACAAAGCUGGGAAGAAUGACGACAUGCACAAAUACACUUUACACUCAGAUGAUCCAGACUUUGUCAGAGCCAAGAUGAACGCCAAGCAGAUCAGUGAUAAAGUUUACAAGGCGUCUGGGGAGCAAGUGAAGACAUCAGGCUGCGAUCUGAGGCUGGACGCUAUACCCUUCCAAACCGCCAAGGCCUCCAGAGAAAUCGCCAGUGAUUUCCGCUACAAAGAGUCCCACGUGAAGGAGAAAGGCCAGCAGGUGGGGCUGCGCUGUGUGGAGGACGACCCCAAGAUGAUGCACAAUAUGGCCGCAAGCAAACUCCAGAGCAACCUGGAGUACAAACGGCAGUCUAAAGAAGAUCAGGCCCACUUCAAAAUGCAUGCCGACCAGCCCGAGUUCCUGCUGGCAAAGAAGAGUCAGGCUCAGGCCAGUGACCUCACCUACCGCCACAAACUCCACGACUACACUUGUGACCCCGAGCAGCUCAAUGUAAAGCACGCCAAGCAGGCCUAUAAGCUGCAGAGUGACGUGAACUACAAGUCAGACCUGAACUGGAUCAAAGGAGCGGGCUGGACCCCUCCAGGCUCCCAUAAGGCCGAGCUCGCCCGCCGGGCUGCAGAGCUGGGGCUGGCUGAGGGGGUCAGCACAGACGAGGCCAUCGCAAAGUAUCAGCACAUGAUGAUGCUGCAUCACCAGCAGCAGAUGGAGCUGCAGCAACAAAAUCAGCAGACUUCAGAGGAGGUGGAGACCAGCGAGGAGGUUCACAAAGGUGUCAACAUGGACGCCAUGGAGGUCCUUCACGUCAAAAGGAUGAAGACCAUCCAGACGGUCCAGAAAAAGUUCUCCACUACAACAACGUCCUCGUUCAAAUCCAUGGAGAAGAAGCAGAGCUCCUCCUCGUCCUCCUCAUCAGCUGCUCUCCAGAGCUCAGUGACGUCAUCCAUGUCUAAUAAAGCUGCUGCGAUAAAGGACGCUUAGAUCUGAGACUUUUUCAAUGUUUAAUAGAGCUUUUAAGAUUUAAAAAAUAUGGUUACAUUUUACAAAAUGGAUUAAGCUACAAAUACUGACUUUGAUGAAAUGACUGUUGUGACUCGGGAGUUACAAAAAAUUACAAUAUGGUGAGUGCAAAGGGUUUUAAGUAAGUUGAAUAAGACAGGACUCGUCAAGUGAGGUAAAAGGGUUAUCGGUGUAUGUGUUGAGCAAAAAGCAUGAAUUGGAGAUGAAUUAUAUUAAUAAGGUUGAAUUUAAAGCCAUUUUAAUGUUUUUAUUAAGGACUGUGUUCACCAGUUCCCAGAAAAAAAAUUGGAUUCAGGUUGCUUUAAGGGUAAAGGAGAAAGCAUAUCAAGUGGAAGUUUGCAUUGUGCAUUAUUACAAUACGUGUUUUUGAAGAAGUUUGGAUUGAGAUUGCCAUAUUGCCAUGUAUGUUUUUUUUAAUUAUCAUUAGACAAGGCAAGGAUAAAACAUUGUUAGAACCAUGCAAACCAUUCAUUUUUCUCCUGAAGUCUGUUCAUAUACAGUAGUGCACUUUGAGCUGUGAGUAAGAAAUAUAGGCCUAAAGAAAUUAUGCGUAGCCCACUCUUCAUUCUGUCUGGCUGGUUCAGCUUUGUGAGUUUGUAUCAGGUCCCAUUUUAACUCAAAGCUGGGCUGGGAGUAAAUGCUUGGUUUUAUUGCUGAUAAAAUAAACUUGUUUUCCAUGUCAAACUAA